GGCGUGCGGCUGGGGCUGAGGAGGAGGAGGAGGAGGGGAGGAAGGAAGGAAGGAGGUGGCGGCGGCGGAGGCGGGGGGAGAAAACCCACCCAGAACCGCCCCGGUAGAAAUAGCGAGGGAGGCCCGGCCAAGCUGAGGGAGCCAGGCCGCUGCCGCCGCCGCCGCCUCCUCUCCCUCCCGUUCGCCGCCGCCGCCGGUGGGCGGGUGGGCGGCAGCCAUGACGCUGGAGUCCAUGAUGGCCUGUUGCCUCAGCGACGAGGUGAAGGAGUCGAAGCGCAUCAACGCCGAGAUCGAGAAGCAGCUGCGGAGGGACAAGCGCGACGCCCGGCGGGAGCUCAAGCUGCUCUUGCUCGGCACGGGAGAGAGCGGGAAGAGCACGUUCAUUAAACAGAUGCGGAUAAUCCAUGGCUCGGGCUACUCCGAGGAGGACAAGAAGGGUUUCACCAAGCUGGUGUACCAGAACAUCUUCACUGCCAUGCAGUCGAUGAUCAGGGCCAUGGAGACCUUGAAGAUCCUGUACAAGUAUGAACAGAACAAGGCCAACGCACUCCUGAUCCGGGAAGUGGACGUAGAAAAGGUCUCGUCCUUUGAGCAGCCCUACAUAAGUGCAAUUAAGACGUUGUGGAACGACCCGGGCAUCCAGGAGUGUUACGACCGGCGGCGAGAAUACCAGCUCUCCGACUCUGCUAAAUACUACCUUACCGACGUGGAUCGUAUCGCCCUGCCAGGGUACCUCCCAACCCAGCAAGACGUCCUGCGGGUCAGAGUCCCGACAACUGGGAUCAUAGAAUACCCCUUCGACUUAGAGAACAUUAUCUUCAGAAUGGUGGAUGUUGGGGGUCAGAGGUCAGAACGGAGGAAAUGGAUACACUGCUUUGAAAACGUAACCUCCAUCAUGUUCCUAGUAGCUCUUAGUGAAUAUGACCAAGUUCUGGUGGAGUCGGAUAAUGAGAACCGUAUGGAGGAGAGCAAAGCCCUUUUCAGGACCAUCAUCACCUAUCCCUGGUUCCAGAACUCCUCCGUCAUCCUUUUCCUCAACAAGAAGGAUCUGUUGGAAGACAAGAUAAUGUACUCUCAUCUCGUGGAUUAUUUCCCAGAGUUUGAUGGCCCCCAGAGAGACGCCCAGGCGGCUCGGGAGUUCAUCCUCAAGAUGUUUGUGGAUCUAAACCCCGACAGCGACAAAAUCAUCUACUCUCACUUCACAUGUGCCACAGAUACGGAAAACAUUCGGUUUGUCUUUGCUGCCGUCAAGGACACCAUCCUCCAGCUCAACUUGAAGGAAUAUAACCUAGUCUGACCUUCAUUUGCCUGCCCUCUUCUCCCCCCACCCCCCCACCCGCCCCCCUCCCCAGGUAUCCUCGGGAGACCUUUCGUUGUGAAGAAAGUUAAAAGACGAGAGAACCCCGUGAAUUUAAACAAAACAGAAAAAAUUGUACAGGGGGGGGGAAGAAUCUUGAUUUUUAAUGAUGUAAUGAUUGCAAAUUGAUCUGUGGAGUGGCAAGGUCUUUGGGGUUAUUUUCGUUUCAUUUCGUUUGCUCACUUGUCAUCAUGGAGUCUGUCUGCUCCACAGAAUAGCUGGUGAUGAUGAUGAUGAUGAUUUUUAAAAACAACAACAAACAAAUGUGCUUUUAUUUCACAGUUUAAAAAAAACCAACAGGGGACACGUUUCCACUCUCUCUCUCGCACUUUGUUAAUUUCCCGCUUUCUGGUCGACAGCCCAAGGCGAGCCUUCCUCUGUCCUUCUGCGUUAGCCAAUUCUUGCUGUUCCUUUCUGUUCCAGCGAUAAGAUGGGAGUCCGCAGGCUUCUUGGCCAAGGCCUGGCAAGCUCUCUCUCUCUCUCUCUCGCUUGGCCGUGGAAGAUACUGGGUGCUCCUUUGUACCUUCGCCUCGCGUGCCGUACGAUUCCUCGGAUGCAGCUUUGCUUUUCUGCCCGGGAACCUUGGCGUCUCCUGCCCAAAAAAGGACUUGGGGGGGUUACCUGGAUGACACCUUGGGAAGAACAGGAGCUUCUGUCUCUUUUAACAGUAGUGCAAAAAAAAAAACAAAAAACCAAGCUAUCUCUUUUCCUUCCUCGUUUAUUUUUUUGUACCACCUUAGUAUAGAUUCUCUUCCCUUCCUUAUCAAUUAUGAAAGUUAUAUUGAGACUGUGAUUUCUUUUUUUUAAAUUAUUGUACUAUAUAUAGUUUGCUACAUCAUAACGCCGUACUUUUGUUGUUGUUGUUCAUAGACUUACAAACCGAGCAAUAGCUAACGAGCCUGCGGGGGGGGCGGGGGGAGGGAAAGUGCCUGAACGUUGUUGCUGCCGUAUCAUCUUUUUAAGAGAAAAGUAAGCUCGCCGUAGGGAGUCUCCUUGAGGACUCGGCGUGUGUCGCACGGCGGGGGAGCGGACCCUGCAUUGGGCUGGGAGAGAGAGAUCUGAGGUUGUGAUUCAUUCUCCUAGAUCCUCUCUCUCGCCCGUAUGAGUGUGUGCAACAUGCCAGCAACCGCUUGGGUUUGUAAGACACCCCCCUCCAAAAAAAGUGUUGAUCCUUCAGGGUUAAUCCAAACGAGGAAGGAUCCACUAGGUUUUGUGGCUUGCAGAGGCUGCUGCUUUUAUCUUGGAAGGUUCUAGGAAAAGAGUCGGAAGCUCUCUGCAACCGAUUGCCGCCUCAUUUGCCAGGGCUAGUGUGAGCGGUAGCUACUACUUAACCUCCCGCGCCCCUUAAACUUCCAAAAGCUUUGUUCCACCGGAAGCAGUUGCACAGGUAUUUAUUCUGGGGGUGGGGAGCCCACCUGCAGCGGCGGCGGAACCGGCGAAUCUGCUUUGGCCGAGACAGCGGUUUCAGCUUUUCGAAGCGGGGCAAGAGGAAGGGGUUCCGCUUCUGGACUCUCUUGUGCCAAAACGUGUUCUGCAAAGCCUGCUUUUGUGAAGCCGGCAGGAGACGGUGCCAAAAAACCCACAGCCAACCCCGAUGAGAAAUUCUUUGCUGGUUCGCCAGGAAGGAGAAUCGCCACGGGGCUGGAGCAAGGGACGUUUUCGAGAGGGCAGGGGAGCUUUUUAAGUCGCCCCCUCUGGAUGCGAGGAAGUAAAGACAAACACUAAUGUGGCUUCAAGGAGCGCUCACAGCCAAUUUCUCAGAAGCUACGGAGGACAGCCUGAGACGUCUACGUAUUUCCGAACGGCCGGGUUGGGCCAGCAAAGGGAGUGUCAAACGUGCUUUUAAACGUCGCUUAGGGCAACACUAGGUAAACUUCUUUUUGCAUUUUUCUCUCGACACUACUAAAAAACCCUAAUUGCACGUGGAUACCUGCAGCAUUCCAGGGGGGGUUGAGGCGCAGAGUGCUGCCUCCAGGUUUUUCUGGGUCUGCUCCACGUCACCAAACACUACAGAAGGAAGCAGAAGUGAGCCGUAUUUCUUGUUUCGUUGCUUUUUGGUUUUUUGGAAGGGGAUUCCUGGCUUCUCUCGCACACCCAGCACCAUGAACCUGAUAAGUUCUUCACUUGGGAGACGGAGGAGGAGGAAUCCCGCUCACGCUGAGAGGUCCUGUUGAGUCGAUGAAGGGCAUGGCAGCCUCUGCUUUCUAAAAUAACAUUCCUGAUUUUGUCUAAAUGUGUGUGGGGGUUUUGGGGGGUGGGGAGUGACAACGGUGAGGGAGGGGAGGGCCUUCCUGCUUCGGCCGUGUCCGUUUUUGUGAUCUUGCCAACUCUACAAGGGGAAGUUCUGCAGUUGCAAACGUGCCAUGGCUUUCCUCUCGCCGCCUGGAGUCUUUUGCACACCUCGAUCUGCAACGUCCGCUGCAGGCAUUGGACGUGUGUACCUGAGAAAUCUAGGAGCCAGGAAGCCAGUUUCUUGAGCUUAGCGUCUCUCGUAUUGACUCUUGGGGGGCGGUGCUCCCUACCUGAACCCGGCUUGGCUUGUCGGACGGUGGUGGCCCUCUGCAGAGAAAUGCCUGUUGGGCGAUGCCGCAGAUUCGAGGACAGAGCGGGAGGCGCAUGUCGUGAAGGCAAUGUUGGUUCUUGCGAGCGACACCCACCCCCACACAGGUGCUGUUAUGAAGCCUCCUUUUACGGACCAGCUUUUGCAACGGGCGACCCGUCCCUCAAGCCCGGUCAUCGCUUGCUCUCGAUGUGCCAAAGCCAUCCCACAGCGCCCUCCCUCUUUCCCCAGCCCACCCGACGGGAGCUGGUUUGGGGUUUCAGAUGUGCCAGGGGCCAAGGACCUAGGAGUUCUCGCGUGUGGUGGUGGUGGAGAAACUCGAAAAAGGAAAAAAAAAAAGCCGAGAUGAAGGAGCAACCUGUUGACCAAGUUCUGAUCACAGUGCACUUUAAACG